GUUUGGAAACUGUUCCGAGCGCUUCGGAUCCGGCGUUUUCCACGCGGGGAACCUGAGCCCAGGAUUCCUAGCGUCUUCGGCUCGGUGCUUGCCGCGAUCCUGCGGCCAUGAGCGUGGGUUUCAUAGGCGCUGGCCAGCUGGCCUGUGCGCUGGCGCGCGGUUUCACGGCCGCAGGCGUCCUGUCGGCUCACAAGAUUAUAGCCAGCUCUCCGGAAAUGGACCUGCCCACGGUGUCUGCUCUCAGGAGAAUGGGCGUGAAUCUGACCCGAAGCAAUAAGGACACCGUGCGGCACAGUGAUGUCCUGUUUCUGGCUGUGAAGCCUCACAUUAUCCCCUUUAUCCUGGAUGAGAUCGGGGCCGAUGUGCAAGAGAGGCACAUCGUGGUCUCCUGUGCGGCUGGUGUCACCAUCAGUUCUGUGGAGAAGAAGCUGAUGACGUUCCAGCCGGCCCCCAAAGUGAUCCGCUGUAUGACCAACACGCCUGUGGUGGUCCGAGAGGGGGCCACUGUGUACGCCACGGGCACCCAUGCCCUGGUAGAGGAUGGAAAACUCCUGGAGCAGCUGAUGAGAAGCGUGGGCUUCUGCACAGAGGUGGAGGAGGACCUCAUUGAUGCCAUCACAGGGCUCAGCGGCAGUGGGCCUGCCUAUGCGUUUAUGGCCCUGGACGCGCUGGCAGAUGGUGGGGUGAAGAUGGGUGUGCCUCGGCGCCUGGCAGUCCGACUAGGAGCUCAGGCGUUGCUGGGAGCGGCUAAGAUGCUGCUGGACUCCGAGGACCAUCCAGGCCAGCUCAAGGACAACGUCUGCUCCCCUGGGGGCGCCACCAUCCAUGCCCUACACUUCCUAGAGAGCGGGGGCUUCCGCUCUCUGCUCAUCAAUGCAGUUGAGGCCUCCUGCAUCCGAACAAGAGAGCUGCAGUCCAUGGCUGACCAGGAAAAGAUCUCCCCUGCUGCCCUUAAGAAGACCCUCCUGGACAGAGUCAAGCUGGAGUCACCCACAGUGUCCACGCUGGCCCCGCCCAGUCCUGGGAAACUCCUGACAAGAAGUCCCGCCCAGGGAAGCAAGAAGGACUGAGGGGGACUCUGGGGGGUUUCCUGCCCCCUGUAGUGCAGAGAGGGGCAGGCUCAGGUCUGAGGGUGAAAGCUGCUCAGAUCUGUUCACUUGGUGGCACCAAGUCCUUCUCUUGUUCCACGCAGAAGGUGCUCUGAGGAGGCAGCUGAUGCCUGAAGCCAGAUAGCCCAGCAUCGUCUCUGAGGGGGCCUGAGGCCCCGAGUUAGCAUCCUCCUCAGCAGAAGUCUGUGGAGAACUUUUAGUUAGAUCAAGGGUGGUUUAGUUUGACCUCAAGGUGAGGCGAGAGGGAACAGAGGGGAGGCCCAUCCUCUGAAUCAAAAAACACGCAAAAGGAGCAAGUGACUUGGUGUUACGGGUGGAAGUGGGGGGACUCCGUGAUCUUUCUCUUAACUUUGUCUCCACAGAUGUCCCAUUAGAAGGUGAUGCUCAGUGCUAGUGCUAGCUACUUCAAUAAA